AAACUAUCAAAAGAACCCAUAGCUUGCACUGAUGAUGGAGAUUGCAUCUCCGAAACGUAUGCAAUUGCAAUAAUGAAGUUCUUCUCAGCCGUGUUGGUUUUCUUCUUCCUGAUAAGAAUUCGAUUCCCACGGGACUCAUCUAUAACCCAUUAUAUACUGAAGAAAUACGGCAAGAAUACUCUGGACCUCUACAGGAAAAUUGAAAGGAAUUCUUUCCGCUCCAAGAAAGUAGAAAAAGACUUAAAAUUCCUAGAGAUCUGUAAAUGUUACGGAACCAUACCAGACUUUAUUAAAUUUAGAGUGUAUUGUCCCACAUUCCAAACUACCAGGACAUAUCGUUCUUGGUGCUUCGAUCUUUUGGACUGGGAAAUAGAUAAACAAAAGAAAAAGAUCCCUACCAUCAAAAAGAAACUGGAGGAUGACACCACUCUCCUCACUUCCUGUAUUUCCUAUUUCGAUUCCAAAUGUUUAUUAUCCCUCAAUGAACGAAAUAUGGAAAAGAAAUUAUGUAAGGUUGAUUUCAGACACAAUAAGAAAUUAACUAAGCUAGGAAUUGACCUAAACAAAAAAGUGGACAAGAAUAAGCACUCGGCGAACGUGAUACAAACGCCAAAGCAAGCCAUCAAAACAUUCGAGGUGAUGAUGGCUGGCUCUGCUCUCGAGUGCGAGGAGGUCCGGAGGUUACAGCACGACGUUGUGAUUGAAGAAGGCGAAGAGUUUUCAGGAUGCGGGUCUGAGCAAGAAACAAAUACUGACAGGGCGAGUCGCCCGCUGGCUCGUGAAUCACCGACACUUCUCACUUAUCCGGAGUUUCAUGGUCAAGAUCACCUGUCAUACGCGAUAGCCACACAUAUGUCAAAUGCCACACAAUCAGUGCUGGUCAUUGACACUUAUGAAGCUACACGUCGAUCUACAUGGUCAUAA